AUGAACGACCUCCGCAGCUACGAUCUAUAUACCUCCCUCGUAUCCCACAGCGACUCCAUCACCUCCGCAUCCAACACCCUCACUGAGGGAACGGCUAUCGCCCUCUCCACGGCCCUGCUGUACCCAUUAGACUCGAUACUUACCCGUCUACAAGUCCGAUACGCCUCCCAGCACCACGCUAAGGAAAGCAACCGAGCCCGUACCAGGAAGCCUCUAGAUGUACUUGGCGAUAUAAUUGACCUAGCAGCCAAGAAUGUCAAGGAUGCAGAGGCUAGAGCGGUGCUGUACGCCGGCCUGCGUGAAGCAGUAUGCAAGCAGACGCUGGAGAACAUGCUUGUUCCAGCUGUUUAUGCGGCGUUGCAUGCUCGACAGCUCAACCUUGGACGGACAGUAGGGAAUGAACUGGUCCUCUCCAUCGUCUCAAUGGCGUUCGUCAGGCUGCUUACCGAACCUCUUGGGACGAUUAUGGUGCGCAGACAAGCUACGGGGUCUAGCACUCGGUGUGUUGUGGAUGAUGUACUGCGUCAGAAAGGCGUGGGAGGGCUAUGGUCUGGGUACGGGGCUACGCUGGUGCUGAGCGUGAGAUCGUGUGUCUUGCCGGUGGUAUACCUUGCGCUACGCAGAAGGUUGGGGUUGAAGAGAGGAGGACUACUGGGCAUGCUUGUUCUGAGGGCCGUUGCUGAAACCGUUGUGUAUCGACUUGCUGUCUUGCAGUGCUGUGCGAGGGCGGGUGUGAAGGCAGUCGGGAAAGGAAGUAAGUUGAUCUUGCCUACAUGA